CGGGAGAGGUUCUACUCGCAGGGCGCGCACCAGCGGAAGAGUUCGCGCAUCCUUGAGAGCGCAGCGCUCGGUCCUCACAGCCAAAUCGGGUGUCCUCCUCCCAGUCCGGAGAGAAUGAGGUGUCGCUGGGUGAAGCAUGAGCUGUCAGAGGAUCAGUCAUAAGCGGCUGUCUCUGCUAUGGGAGGGGGCGGCUCUCAGCCUGUGGCUCUGCUGCUGCUGCUGCUGGACCCCCGGGGCCGGGGCCAGCGCCGCCGCCGCCCCUGGAGCCGGGGCCGCAGCCCGAGGCGCCGCCGCCGCCGGACAAAGCGACGGCGCGUCACGCUCCCUGGGCUGGCUGCUGUCCGAUAAAGGGCCUUUCCACCAGUCCCUGGAGUUCACGGAGGCUGCGGAGAGGUACCAGCAAGGCUUCAGCACCAGAUACAAGAUCUACAGGGAGUUUGGUCGAUGGAAGGUCAACAGCCUGGCAGUGGAGAGGCGGGACAGUUUUGGUGGCAGCAGAGGUUUGGCUCUGCCCCUCGACCCUGACUUCAUGCACACCAUCCGCCAGCUGGGGAGGCGGCCAACCCUCCAGGCCAUUACAGAGAGUCUAAUCAAGAAGUAUGGUACCCACCUCCUCCUCUCCGCCACUCUGGGAGGGGAGGAGUCUUUGACGAUGUUCGUGGACAAAAGGAAGCUCAGCCAGGAGUCCUCGCCCUCGGCGGGCGAGGCCGGUAGUAGCGGCAACACGAGCUCCAGCACUACGGGGACUGUGACCCUGGAGGCCCUUCACCAACUGGCUGCUUCCUACUUCACCGACAGAGAGAGCACCCUGCGAAGGCUGCACCACCUCCAGAUCGCAUCCACCGCCAUCCGGGUGACAGAAACCAGGACCGGGCCGCUCGGAUGCAGCAACUAUGACAAUUUGGACACAGUCAGCUCUGUGCUGGUUCACAGUCCAGAAAACAAGAUUCAUCUACAAGGGCUGCAGGUCAUCCUACCCGGCUAUUUACAGAGUCGCUUCAUUCAGGCGGCUCUCAGCUACAUCGGCUGCAAAUCCGAGGGUCGCUUUGUUUGCCAGAACAGCGACUGCUGGUGCGAGUGCACCGUGGACUUCCCUCGGUGUAACUGUCCUCACUCGGACCUGGACACGCUGCAGAACAACCUGCUGCGCAUCAGAGACUCCUGGAGGCUGACCAACCGGGAGUUUGAGGAAUCUGAGGAGUUCCAAAGCUUUGUUGGGAAACUGCCAAACCAUUACGCUGUAAACACAUCUGCCGUGGAACACUUGUGGAGGACAGACGCCAGCCUGCUCCAGCGCUACAGGCAGCUGGAGACCAGGAGCAACCAGCUUUUCACCAAAGCUCACCGCACCGCUAACAAGCUCUUCAGCCUGAGCAAGAGGUGCCGAAAACAGCCCAAAAUAGUCCUGCAGAGGCCGAGGCCUCUGCACUUCUGGGUGCGCUACGCCCUCUCCAUUUUGUACUGCAGCGAGAACAACCAGGUCGGCAUUUACAGUGACGAGAGCCGCAGCUGCUCCUGCCCCUACAACCAUCCUCCAUGUCAGGGCCUCAUCCCUUGCUCUGUGGGCGACGGCGUCCGCUGUGCCUCCUGUUCCACAGAUAACCGGACGCGAUGCUCCAGCUGCAACCCCAGCUUCACAAUGACCCAGGGAGCCUGUCGGCCUGCCGUGCCCGACCCGACGGACCCCUACCUCGGGAUGGAGAGCGACCGUGACCUGCAGGAUCUGGAGCUGCGCUACCUGCUGCAGCGGCGCGACCCCCGCCUCUCUCUGCAUGCUGUGUUUGUGAGCAACGACCUGCGCAUCAACACUUGGUUCGACCCGUCCUGGAGGAAAAGAAUGCUGCUCACCCUCAAGAGCAACCGCGUGAAGUCAAACCGUGUUCAUAUUCUGCUCGGAGUGUCCCUCCAGUUUUGCCUGACUCGGAACAGCACUCUGGAGCCCGCCCUGUCCCUGUUUGUGAAUCCGUUCGGGGGCAGCCAUUCAGAGAGUUGGACGAUGCCGAUUGGUCAGCACGGAUACCCAGACUGGGAGCGGACCAAGCUGGAUAUCCCUUUGGACUGCUACAAUUGGACAUUGACUCUUGGAAACAGAUGGAAGAGCUUUUUUGAGACGGUUCAUUUCUACCUGAGGAGCCGUAUGAGGGACUCUGUGGGAGGGACAGGAGGGAACAAAAACACAACGGCGUACUAUGAGCCUCAGGAGGAGACAGAGCCAUCCAGCAACAUCGGCUACAUGAAGGUGAACAGCAUGCAGCUGUUCGGGUUCAGCGUGCACUUUGACCCGGAGGCAAUCCAGGACCUGAUUCUGCAGAUAGACUACCCAUACACUCAGGGAUCGCAGGACUCGGCCCUGCUGCAGCUGGUGGAGCUGCGCUACAGGGUUAACCGGCUCUCGCCUCCGGGGUCACCGCACGUGGAUCUGUUCGCAUGUCUCCUCCGCCACAGGCUCAAAUUGUCCAGCGCGGAUGUGGCCAGGAUACUCACUGCCCUGCAAACUUUCAGUGCCAGACAACCAAACUACGUCGAGUACGAGGCGAACAAACUGUGUAGUUAAUGGCCACUAUUUGAUGUUUUGUACCAUUUCCUUGCCACAGACAGGCCUGUAUCCUUUGUCAGCUGGAUCCAUAUGUGUCAAGUGUGUGGUAUGUUGUU